CGUCGGCAUCCGCCAGUCUGGUUAGGACCGUCGUUCGCAUCGUUUGGUUUUUCUACCGCCCACUGGCAAUCCACUGCUGAGGUGGCUGAUAACGAGGUGCCGAGGGGGAGGUUGACCAGAAAGAAAAACUUUACAGCUGAUCAUAGAAGUUUUGCUGAAGUUGAAAAAGGGGCAACAAGAAAUCAAACAAUCAAUUUGUAGGAGCAAGAAUAGCGUUUGUAUGUAUUCAGAGUGUGUAGGCUUUAAUGCGUGUGGGAAAUUGUUGUGAGAGGGAAAGUUUUAACAUCGGAACGUCGUCCAUAAAGUGUGGUGAGGUGCGUGUCCUUAAGUGGAGAUAACGCCACAACAACGAAGUGAAUACGGGCACCCGAUUGGUCACUUUCGUGCACAUCGGACAGGGAAAUCAAAGUGUGGUUUCAAAUGAAGCGCAUAGCAAUGAUGAAGGUUUGAUCGAAGUUCGGACUUUUGGUAGUGUUUUUCUGUGUGUGUGUGUGUGUGUGUAGGGGCACCCUGCCGAAGAAUGUUCGGGUGAAAACGAAUGGUGGAAAAUUAAUAUUCCUGCAAAGGGUGGAAAAUUGCUAAGGAAGCUGGAGCACGGCAAUCAUCGAGUGAAGAGCUACUGCUCGACAGUGAAGUGGAAAGUGCUCAAUUUUUAAAAGUAGCGAAUUGAGGCCCGUGAUGCGUCGCAGCUGCAGUAGACUAGCCACGAUGACACAGAGAAUUACACCCCCGCUGGUACAAUUUAUCACGCUAACCGUCUGCUUCUGCCUGAGUGCUGUUCAGUGUGUACCCAUGAAAUAUGAGAUUGGCUAUCGGAACAGUAUCGAUCUGGACGCGGAACAAACGGAGGCCCGAUACGACCAGGGCAUGCUGUCGGACAUAAUGAACGAUGACCGGGUGGAGAUGCAGAAGGCCGAGAGCUGCAUGGCGGACAAUUUCAAAUAUGACCACGGGCAGAAGAUCCAGCGGUACGAUCCAUGCGAAAUCUGCCUCUGUAUCGAUGGAGAAAUAUUCUGCUGGUGGAAACAAUGUGACGCUCCAUCAUCGUUCGAGCUGAGCGGAGGCAGUCCACUCGGUGCAAGCAAAUUCCAAUCGAUCACCUCGACAGCAAAAACGUCGUCUCCCGUGGAUACGACACAACCCCAACCUCAGCCAGCCUCAGCUGUGACAGCGUCACCACCGUCGACCUCUUCCGCGACCACAACCCUACCGAAAGAGACCAGUGAAGUGGCCACAUCAACUGCCCGGCCAAAAUCCCCAGCAUUAGCUCUACCACCGUAUCCGGAUCAAUCGGACAGCAGCGUCAGAAUAUUGCAUCCUCAGCCUCUGGAGAACAUUCCCCAAAACAUUCUGUCCUUUCCACAGUCUCCACCGAUUAUGAUGUAUCGGCCACCAAUGGUUGGGAAAAAUUCAACCACCAGCUCUGUGAGCGUGGCCACCGCAGCCGCCGCCGAGCGGAACAAACACAGUGGACCGUUGAAAAAAGCCAUUCCACUUCAUCUUAAUAAUGGCGGUGUCAAAAAGCCGUACCGGAAGUCAAAGAGCAAAGGUUAUACAAUUAAUUUCAGCCACAUUAACGAUCGGGUGGCCCCGAAUGAAGGACCACGAAUGCAGGUCGUGACGGAGGGAAAUCCUGCUGCAGACGGGGGACAUAUUGAUGAUGGGGUGGCUCACAGUUUCGGAGGGGUUCGAUCCGGCAUCAGCAGAUUUCCGAUUGCAGUGAGCGAUGGCGCCGAUGGGGACGACGAUGAUGAUGACGAUGAUGUUGAUGACGACGAGGACGACGAGGACGAUGAUGACGAUGAUGAGGACAGCGCGGAAACGGAAGGGCAGAGCAAGAAUAAUGGUGUUUCGCGGAGUCAAAGUGGUUCCGGUGCAAACAAUGACGGCAAAUUCGGUGGGUACGGAUACGGCAUGUUCAAGGAGGCGGAGGAGGACAAACAGCAGCAUUACAUCAUCACAUCGUCGGGACACGUGGAAAUGUUCGACGACACCAGCAUGGAGGUGACCGAAAACGCCUUCGGUAUGAAUCGAUUGCCAUCGCAACCAGACCAGCAGCAGCAGCAGCAACUGACCACGGUCACCAAUGCCACGGAUAUACCGGCAGUGGUGGCACAGGGUGAUUCCUCGCUGGAACAUCAUGACCAACAGGCAACGAGCUCAACGAGCUCAGCGGAGAGCGGCAGCGACCCGAUGCCGCCGUUGAUAACAAUGAUAACCAACGUGACACGAAAUUCGAUUUAUUCAAACCGAUUGUCGGAUUCCGCUUCCGGGGGUGCGGCUACCAAUCCACCACUAACGCCAUAUGCGCCACUCUCAUCCGGGUCCAUUAUCGACGUGCUCAAUUCGACGGCGGUGGACGGCGGUGAUUAUCUGGACGACAAUCAAACGGAAUUGAUCUACCCGGCAGUUCCUGGACUCAGUGAUAAUGGCGGAGGCAGCAGCGGAACGCAAAUGAAAACGACAGGAGCAACUAUGACCACGCAGAGUAGUGCGACAGUGGGCGCAAAAAGCAUUCCACAACAGCAUUGCGUUGUUAUGGGUGUUUCGUACAAGGUGGGUUCGGUGCUGAAGCAGGAAACGGGCAAUUGCCUGCACUGCGUUUGUGUGGCAGGUCCCGAGAAUGACCCAGUGCCACGGGUUACAUGCACGCCACUGAACUGUCCGCCGUUGAUACUGCCGGACAUAUUGGAUGGCGCCGGGUUCUAAAGUUCGCCAGAUUCCACAUCACGAACCGCGCGUUCGUCUGCAGAGAUUCUUCGCGGGACAGCCUUUGCGGACUCGGCGGAACUUUACGUGCGGAAGUGUUAUCACUAGGAAAAAAGGUAAUACACCAACACUACAAAGCACAUACGGACAACGAUACUCUUUGUGCAGUGAAUCUGUCGUGUGAAAUGUAACAAAAACAAUGGCGCUCCCAUAAUUUAUCAUUUCGAGUUUCUUGUGAAUAUAUACGAUAAAAUGAAUGAACUAUUUAUAACGAACCAAAACAACACACUCAAAAAGAACCCAUCUUGCUGUGAGCUGUAGAUCUUGAACAAAAACUUAUACCUUAUACUCUAACUAGGACUGCUACUCCUGACCAAUAGGAAGGAGGGUUAGAAACACAUAUUUAAUUGGGUGUUUAAUCGAAUGAGCAACAAAGAAAGAAAAAAAACAAUAGACAUAGUGAAGCAGAAGGUGAUUGACAUUAGUGACUAAUGAAAUUAGCCAUAUUUAUUGACUAUAGUAAGAGCUUGUGUAUCAUAAUAACAAUCACUGAUUUUUUUUUCUAGGUGUACAGAAGAUAUCCUCUAUGACGGUAUUUUCAUAGAUGCGGUCAUGAACGAAACGUAGAAUAGUGUUACCGUUGAAUAUAUAUAUGAAUCAAAAAGGUUAGCACUCGGUUCCGGCUGGUGCAAGCGCAGUCAUCCAGGGGCCAUUACGGGGUUCAGUUAUUUAAAUGUUUCUUAUUCUCCCCCUCCCCAUAAUCCAGUCACGCUCGUUGCCGACAAAAAAGGAUCACGUACGGUGCAUUCGUUUAAAUUGGACACCGUUUUGAAAUCAUAUGCUGCCUCUGAUAUUUAUGGCUGCAUUUUGGGGAAGCUCUAUUUUCUGUGACCUUUUUCCCGCUUACAACAAUAGUAAUCCCCUCGAAAGUUCGUCUUUUUGCAGAAUUGUUGCAAAAUAGGAAACGAAAAAUUGUGCGAAACAAUUGUUACGCUACGCUGAUGUAUUUCAGCUCAACCCGAGCGGUUCAUGAGAUUUGCCUUAAACAGUAACGCAAAAUAAAAUCCAAAUUGAUUGUCCGAACUAAACAAUUUCAUCAAUUCCACCUCGUCAGCGUGGUUAAAUAAAUCUCUGGCACCUGUGCGAGCAGGGAAACCUUUUUUUCUCUCCUGGUCAUAUUGGCAGCACGUUUUGUUUCCGUGUGCUCACGUACAAAUCAGCAAAAUCACACCCUUCGUGAUGUUUUCCGACCACCCGACCACCGCCUACCCCUCUUCCGUUACAUUCCAUGAACCAAAGCAUACCUGUAUCCGCUUCCGACUUAUGCUGGACCAGAAGGUGCGUGAUUUCACCUUAAUUGAUAUUGUAAUUUUGGGAAACCAUGCAAUUUGAGUCCGCUGGUUGCAUUCCCAUAAGUGAAAAUUAUUUUUUAAAGAAUCACGAUUCAAAAACUAUUCAUUGUAGCGGAAAGAUUGCUAAGGAGAGCUUAUAGGGAAUCGAUAAGUUUUUGCAUAAAACUAUACGUUUUGAUUUUCAAAAA